GUGAAAGUAAAUAUAAAUUUUUUUUAUUGGAAAAUAUAAAAUUAUUUUGAACGUAAGACAUACAUAGAUGUAAUUUUAGAAUUCCCCAGUAUUUACAUGCUUGUGGUCCAGCCCAUCUCUAAUUAUUACCUUUUCUUUUGGUAGAUAAGCAGUCUACCUCUCUCUCCCUCUCUCUAGCUUCUCCUUCUAAAUGUACAGGUGUGAAACACUUUUCAUCUUCAAUUUUUCUCUCUUUUUUUUCCUCAUAUCAAAUCAACCAUCAACUGUUUCCAUGUUCUCUCUCUGGGUCAUCCUGUAUCUCUCUCCCCUGUACACUUUUUGCAAUUAUAAAAGCCCCUCCGACCCCUUCUAAAUGCAGCAGCUGCAAAUUAAUCAUCAAUUUUAUUUCUCUCUUUUCAGUGAGAGGGUCUCUGUGUCCUUUCCCUCCCUCUCUUUCCCAAAACUGGCCAAAAGUGAGAAUGAAGCUCUCCAUGAUCAAACCCAUAAGUGCUACUCCCUGCACACAGCUCUCUACUCCAAAGCUCAAGUCAAUGAUCAGCUGCUGCACCCUCACUCAUUCACCAGUAAAGCCCACCCAGCAAAUCAAGUUCACUGAUAACUUCCCCAGCUGGGAACAAUUGCUCAACCCAGUCUCAGUUGAUCUCCACUCCCCAAUGAGUGCCUCCACCUCCACAUCGACCUCCACCUCCACCUCCACUACUAAAAGACAAACUAUUCGGUCGGUCCGAAAGAAUUGGAUGGAGUACCAAGGAGUCAAGAACUGGGAAGGACUGCUCGACCCACUAGACGGAAAUCUGCGCCGAGAAAUUAUCCGGUACGGCAAUUUCGUCGACGCAGCCUACAAGGCAUUUGACUUUGACCCGGAUUCACCUACAUACGCAACCUGCAAGUAUCCCAAAAGUACGGUUUUUGACAACUCCGGACUUCCGGGGACAGGUUACCGGAUCACCAAGAAUCUACGUGCCACGUCAGGCAUUAACCUGCCACGCUGGAUCGAAAGGGCACCGAGCUGGGUUGGCACUCAAUCCAGCUGGAUUGGAUACGUGGCGGUGUGUAAAGACAAAGACGAAAUCGCCAGACUUGGACGACGCGAUGUCGUCAUUGCUUUAAGAGGCACCGCCACAUGUUUGGAGUGGCUCGAAAAUCUACGAGUCACUCUAACUCAUCUCCCGUGUGGGUCUAAAGCUGCUCACACAGGAGGAGCUGAGGGGUCCGAACCAAUGGUCGAGAGUGGGUUUUUGAGCCUUUACACUUCGGGAACCGACCUAGUCCCAAGCUUGCAACAAAUGAUACGUGAAGAAAUUGGGAGGUUGCUUCAAACCUACGGCGACGAGCCGCUGAGCCUAACCAUCACUGGCCACAGCCUCGGCGCCGCACUCGCAACUCUGGCGGCGUACGACAUCAAAUCCACAUUCAACCGCGCACCACUCGCCACGGUCAUAUCCUUUGGCGGUCCAAGAGUUGGCAACCGUAGCUUCCGCCACAAUCUCGAGAAAAAAGGCGCCAAAGUCUUACGCAUUGUGAACGAGGAAGAUUUGAUUACCAAAGUGCCGGGGUUCGUGGUCGACGACAACCGAGCCCGGCACGUUGCGGGGAGUCCCCUCGUCCGUAUGGCUGCUGAAUUCCAGAAUUGGAUUCAGAAGCGGGUCGAGGAGACACAGUGGGUUUAUUCCGAGGUGGGGAAAGAGCUCAGACUCAGUAGCAAGAACUCGCCGGACCUGACCGCUAUGAACAUGUCAACAUGUCACGAUCUCGGAACUUACCUCCACCUCGUGGAAAACUUCGUCAGCGAAAAGUGCCCUUGCAAAUCCACCGCAAAGAAGUUGUUGAGUAGAGUACACUAAACCACCUUAGAACUGACUUCGCCGUUUUUGACAAGUGUAUUUGUACAUACAACUGUGUUUCCCGCCAAAUCCGGAGAUGCGGCGUGGGCAUGGUCAUUCUAAUCUGUAAUUAAAAUUGAGAGAAACAAAUUACUGAACAGCUCUCAGUGACUGUUCUAACCUUAGACAAGACUACAUUGACUCCACUGUUACGCUUUUUUUUUUUUAAUUUUUUUUUUUUUUUUGUCCUUCGAAGCUCUACAGUACUACCGCACUACCGUGCUCUGCAGGAGCUAGCAGUGGUUUCAUUUUAUAAGUAGACCCACCGGCCCACGAUUGCUCCGCCUGACGUAACCCUAAAAAGGUAAAGAUUGUUGUUUCUUGACGAAGGUGAUCACGUGCGUUGGGGUGGAAAGACUUAUACGCCCUCCGUACCGGCCAUAUAUUUACGCGGUGUCUUUGACUGCACCGACCCGUACCCAGGAGCAUCGUAUUUGUUGUUGACGUGGUGAAGCUUUAGCCCGCGGCCCCGCGCCGUCCAUACCAAACAUUUUCAGUCGGUUUAUUGCGAAAUGACCAGAGUACCCUCCCCUCUGCGGGCAAGCGCCGUUUUUUUUGAUGCCAUGCUUUAAACGCACAAGGAAAACAUAGAGGUAAUAACCGCGGUUGAGGAUGGACGGGUGGUGGAGAUGAACAGCAACCCAUCACUAAGAAAUGGAGGUAAGAUUAGUACUUGUCUAAUUGUGAUGUUUUGC